CCUGCCAUGGUGAUGAAAUCUUUGCUCCGCCCAAGCCAACGCUUGCUACUGCAACAUGGUGCACGCUCGCUUCAGACCGCGGCUGAGGCUGCCGCCAACGUGUCGUACACACGCGGGCUGUUUUUGGGCGUGAACAACGCGACGCGCGCCUUCCCGUACCCAAAGCUGUCGGACAGCGAGACAGAGACGCUGCAGAUGCUCGUGGAUCCUGUAAAUAAAUUCUUCGGGACUGUGGACUCUCGUGCCAUUGAUGAGACGAAAGAGAUUCCGCAGCAGGUGCUCAACGACAUGAAGGAGCUUGGACUCUUUGGUCUGCAGAUUCCCGAGGAUCUCGAGGGUCUUGGCUUGUCGAACACAGGCUACGCACGCGUGUGUGAGGAGAUCACAGAUGGCAGUUUGGCGGUGACAGUCAUGGCGCAUCAGUCUAUCGGUCUCAAGGGCAUCCUGCUUAACGGCAACGAAGCACAGAAGGCCAAGUACCUGCCCAAGCUAGCGACAGGCGAGCACGUCGCGGCUUUUGCGCUCACAGAACCUUCAAGCGGCUCUGAUGCCGGGUCGAUUAAGACUCGUGCUACAAUAUCAGAAGAUGGUAAGCACUAUGUCCUCAACGGAGGCAAGAUCUGGAUCAGCAACGGCGGGUGGGCAGAGAUCAUGACUGUUUUUGCGCAGACGGAAGUGGAUGGCAAGGAUAAAGUCACGGCUUUUAUUGUUGAGCGAGCCUUUGGAGGCGUCACCAGUGGCCCGCCAGAGGAUAAGCUUGGUAUUCGUGGUUCCAACACGUGUCAAGUGUUUUUCGACAACUGCAAAGUGCCUAUUGAGAAUGUACUGGGCGGCGGUCCAGACAUGAAGACGGGAGGCGCUGCAGGUGUCGGCCAGGGCUUCAAAGUGGCCAUGAACAUCUUAAACAACGGUCGCUUCGGUCUUGGUGCUUGUGCUGGAGCGUCGCUUCGUCGUGUGCUUGGUGCAGCAGCAGAACACGCUAACUCACGCAAGCAGUUUGGUGCGCCUUUGGCGAACUUUGGGCUCAUCCAGAAGAAGUUCGGUGUUAUGGCAUUGGACGCGUACGCCAUCGAGUCUAUGGCUUUUAUGACAACUGGUAUGAUUGACCGAGGUGAUCCGUCCUGUGAGAUUGAGGCGGCCAUGUGCAAGGUGUACGGGUCGGAAGUGGCGUUCACGGGCAUCAACGAGUGCAUCCAGGUCAUGGGUGGCACUGGGUUCAUGAAGGAGUGGCCGUUCGAGCGUCUUAUGCGCGACUGCCGUAUCUUGUCAAUCUUCGAAGGAACAAACGAGAUUUUGCGCAUGCUCAUUGCUCUCAGCGGCAUUCGGACUGCUGGGGAACGUCUGUCGAGUGUGGGCAAGUUGCUGCAGAACCCUUUGUCCGACCCAUCGAGCGCCGCCAAGGAGAUCUCGGAUCGUUUGCAACGCAAGUUUUCGCCUACCCCACUGGAAGGAGUGCAUUCGAGUCUGAAAGAACCAGCCGAGUUGCUGCAGAAACGAACGGCUGAUUUUGGUGACGCUGUGGAGUUUCUUCUUCGUAAACACGGCAAGAAGAUUGUGGACGAGCAGAUGCAACUGGAGCGGAUUGCCGAUUCGGCCAUCGCGCUGUUCGCCAUGACAGCCACAAUCUCUCGCGCCACGACGUCACUGAAUGCGGGCAUUGAGUCGGCCGAGCACGAGAAGAAGCUCACGACGCUGUACUGCGACCGGACGUCCAGCAAGAUCCAAUCGCUACUGGGCGACAUCAAAACUGCCGUCAAGCACGACGAGCAACUGCGCGAGAUCGCUAACGAGGUGCUCAAGGCUGAGAAGUAUAUUCCCAGCCACGCCACAGGCAUCGAUUGCUAAGGCAACAAAGCUGCAAGUGGCAACUGUACUGAACAAUUGCAUGAUACAUGUAUAAAAUUCACGCCAAAUUGAAGCAAAAAUUGAUGUGGCACCCAU